AAACCAUUCACUGUUUGCUGUCUUUUUUUAUAAUUUAUAAUUUAUCCUGUAUUCGGGUAUAUUUAAUUAGAUAAUAAAUAAAUGGAUUAUUCACUCGCACAGCAACUGCCCAUCGACAUACUGCACCGAGUUACUCAAGAACUGGGCAACUCGGCAUUGGAACAAGGUCAAGAACCCAUUGAUGCCUGGGCACUACUUGGUACAUGCAGGUUAUGGCGGAUGGCUGCGUUGCCGGUUUACAGCCGUUGUAUGACUGUGUGCACACCUGGGGACAGAGGCCACAGCUAUCGAGUCAGAAGGGGGCUGUCAUCUGCCAAAGUAGCGGUAUUGGGUUGGCUGCCAUUUGUUAGGCAGGUCGUCGCAUUUGUUUCGUUGCAGGAGUAUUUGACCGGUGGCUUUCAAUUGGCACUAGCCAAGUUAGGCAACUCGACAUCCAGCAUCUCUGGAGCAUCUCAAUUGGGUGACAUUUACCCAUUUGCCAAUGAUGUCCUACUGCGCGGCUCGCGGGCAACUUUGCGCAAGUUGGUUCUCGCUGUUGACACAUCUGUUGCCGGCUGGAUUCUCGCUAAAGAAUUUGACGCAAGCACUGUGACUCGCAGUACACAAGACGUGCACAACAGACUGCUACAUGCAGCAUUCAAGGCGCCGCAGUUGGCCCAAGUGCGCAUUCAGUACCCAAAUUUUAGUAUAGCCAAGUACACGCCCGCACACAUGUCCUGA